CAUCAACCACGGUCGGAUAAUGUCUGCAAUGUGGAGCAAAGAAAUAGAUCUACAGAGGCAAUUAUAUUUGAAGCUGUAAAUUCUGUCCAGUUUCCUUGAAUGAACAGUAAAAUAACAGCCAAGUAGGAAAAUAUGUGUACGGUGUAAGAAGAUAGAAUGCAAAGAUGGACGAUACACCUGGAGGGGGGGCCAAAGCGGGUCAACCAUGCUGCUGUUGCCAUCGGUGACAGCAUCUUCUCCUUCGGGGGCUACUGCACUGGGGAGGACUAUGACACGACCCGGCCGAUGGAUGUCUACAUCCUGGAUACUCUUUCGCUACGCUGGCGCCUUCUACCAGGUAUUCCCAUAAACCACCCUGACUAUGACCUGGUUCCAUAUCAGCGGUACGGACAUACAGCGGUUGCCGUUGGUGACUGUGCCUACAUCUGGGGUGGCAGAAACGACAAGGAUGGUGCUUGUAACAUCUUGUACUGUUUUGACACGUCAAUGAUGAAGUGGAACAAGCCUGUGAUUAACGGGCCGAUACCGGGGGCGAGGGACGGACAUUCUGCUUGUGUCAUCAACAACAAGAUGUACAUCUUCGGAGGAUACGAGGAGGAGAUUGACAGAUUCUCUAAUGACGUACAUGCCUUUGAUUUUACAUCAAUGCAGUGGAUCUCGGUCAAAGCCAAUGGUAGCCCGGCCCGCUGGCGUGACUUCCACACCGCCACAGCUGUAGGUAACACCAUGUUUGUGUUCGGUGGUCGCAGUGACGAUGGAGGAGAUGUCUUCACAAACAAUGAGAUAUAUUGCAAUAAGGUCCAGACGUUUGAUACCUCCAGCAACACGUGGUACGAGCCCGUCGUGUCGGGGACAAUACCUCAGGGUCGGAGAAGUCACUCAGCAUUUUACUAUGAAGACCACUUGUAUAUAUUUGGCGGCUACAACGGUAUUCAUGAGAAUCACUUCAAUGACAUGUACAAACUCGAACCAGGAAAAAUGAAGUGGUCUAAAGUGAAGGUGAAAGGUCAGGGGCCGUGCCCAAGGCGACGCCAGUGCUGUUGCCGGAUUGGGUCAUGUGUGUACCUGUUUGGAGGAACCAGUCCUAAGAAUCCUCAGAUGACCACAACACACAUCCCACUGGCAGAGACUGAUCUGACCGAUCACUCAGACCUCUACGUGCUUGACUUCUCUCCGUCCCUGAAAGUUCUCUGUGAGCUAGCUGUGCUAGAAUAUAAGCAAGAUACAUCCUUCUUGCCUAUGAAUAUAAGAUGGGAACUUGCUGCCAUGACAACUAACAACAACAUCAGCAGGUCCAGCAACACUACGGGGUGAACAUCUUUGACUUGAUCAUGGACAAGAAUAGAUGUAAUGGACAGCAUCACAUCUUGUCAAAUGGAAAAAACCCGAUUACAGUGUACUUUGUCAACAGACAUCUUAAGUUGAAGUUACAACAUGGACCCUCACCCGAGCUGAUCAGUGCCCUUAUCAAGUUGUUGCUAUGGUUACCCUGCUGGAAUACAGAGAAACAUUUUCUUCAUGAGACAGUGGAUCAGUAUUUCCAUUUUCUCAGUGUUGUGAAACUAUCACAAAACAAUGAGUAACAUUUUCACACAUAGCUAUGCCAGAGCACAAUGCAUUGAAUAUUUUGCCCAUGGACACUUUGCCUUGGAAAUGGUGGAACAUUUCCUCAAAGGCUUCUGUUGGAGAGACUUUGCUGUUCUUAUCAUAUUACAGAUGUAUCAUUUUGUUACUGGUUUAUGAUUACAGGGUUAUUUUGGCAAUAACAGACUAGGCGUAACAUAGUCAUAACAAGUCUUAUGCGAUGUCCAAGUGUGUUUUGUGUUUCUGUUUUAAUAAGAGGCAUUUGGGUAGCCUAGUGGUUAAAGCGUUCGCUCGUCACGCCGAAGACCCAGGUUUGAUUCCCCACAUGGGUACAUUGUGUGAAGCCCAUUUCUGGUGUCCCUGCCGUGAUAUUGCUGGAAUAUUGCUAAAAGCGGCGUAAAACCAAAAUCACUCUGUUUUAGAAAAAAAGGGUGGGGUGGAUAUGAGAAGCUGUUAUGAGAUAUUUAUCCUGUAAUAGAUAUCUCAUAUCUCAUUAAUUGUCAUUUUAUGAGCCCAUCACUCCCAUCGUGAAGGAGCUUCACUAGCUUCCUAUACAGCAACAGAUCUGUUACGAAGUCCUCUACUUUGCCUAUAAAUACCAUUCACAAACUGCUCCACCAUAUUUGUCAGACCUCUAUCCUGAUAUUCCAUCCAGAUCUCUUCGUUCAAACUCACAG